AUGAAGCACAAGUAUACCGAUGACCAGAACCCCGCUGAAGCCAUGUUCACACAGCCCUUCGGCAUCUCAUGGCGAAAAGCCCUCGUCAGUCUCCCGCGCCUUGUCCCGGACUUUGUCCUCAACUUCACCGCUUCCGAGGGUCCGCAGCCCAUCGUCUCCGAGAUCCCCUCGCGAGGCAAGCAUCUUAUCCCCGUCUACGUCUUCAUCCCACCAGUCCGCAAGCACCGCCAUCGCCACCUGUUCCACCAACGCAAGAACGCGGCUGGCUCGCAUCUAAAGGAUGCUCUUCGGGGCAUAGGCAUUGAUGAAGACCAUGACGGGAAAUUGCCCGUCUUGAUCGAUUUCCAUGGUGGCAGCUUCAUUCUCGGUUCAUGCCAAGAGCAAGCCCCCUUCUGCGCCCGGAUGUGCCGUGAGCUGAACUGCGUCGUUAUCUCGGUAGACUAUCGACUUGGUCCGUAUGCGCAAUUUCCCGCGGCCAACCUCGACGCCGAAGACGUGGUGCUCGCGGUGAUCGACCCAAGCAACAGAGCAUACGAGCCGCUUAGAGAAGGGAUAAUGUGGGAGAUGCUGAAACGAGGACGGAAACCUGUCGAAUUGGACCAGGAAAAAGUCGCCUUGUCAGGCUUCAGUUCGGGAGGCAAUCUUGCUCUGAACCUGGCACUAAGUAUCAAGGAUGACCCGACGUCGGAGACUGACUGGGUGAGUCCGUUGCCCUGGGAAUGGCCGAACGAGAUUCCAGUUCUCUUGUUCUAUCCGAGCUUUGACGCCAGGCUUUUGCCGCACGAGAGGCCAAGGCCAGAAGGUCUGGACCCUCCUAGUGGAUUCGUCGAACGCUGGAAGAUUGAAAAGGAAUUGAUGCCCACAUAUCUGCCUCCGGAGCAGCGGGGUCAUCCACGAGCGAGCCCAGGGCUCGCGGAUAUCAGAGCGAACGACGGAGGGAAUUUCGGCCUGCAUCCGAAAGCCAAGGUGCUCCUGGUGCUACCCCAGUUCGACUCGUUGAACGCCCAGAGCCUGGCUUGGAUCCAGAAAGUCCGUGACGUAGGCAGAGGUGAAGAUCUGAUUGUCGAAGAAGUCAAGGGUGUAGUGCACGGUUGGACGCAGUUUCCGGACUCGUGGAUCAGCGACGAAGAACGGAAGCUCAAGCUCGACGCGUUCCGCAAGGCCAGGGAGUUUCUUGAGGACUGUUGGCACAUUGACGGCCAGGUUGUCGAGGUCGAGGUCGUCCACCCUGACAAGAACAGGACUGGACUCGCCGUAGAUACUACAGCACCACAGAACCUAGGCGAAGCAUGA